GAUAGGGAAAUAUGUUGCAUGUGAAAGAAAAGUUAUCAUUUAAAAACAAGUGAUUCAUACAAAGAUGAAACACACGUUAAACUUUACAAAUAUUUGUUCUAGUUCUAAAAAUAUAAUUAUUUCGGAACCGUUUGGAAUAUAACAUGGAUCAGUGCACUUCAGAAAAGGACACAUAAAAACAGUGAAAACAAUAAUGCAAGGGCCAGAUAAAGAACGUAAGCGGAGCUUGCAAAGUGACCGGAAUUCACACGCAACGAGUAUUGAUGUAAAAACUUUAACAGAGACUGGCAAUAAUAUCGGUAAUGGUCACAACCCAGGAAAGAGAAAUUCUACGGCGAUUGGAAGUGGAGUUGCUGCCAGAUACCGGCGGUAUUCUUUAGCUUCUUUACAAGGCUGGGCUUCUCCUUUAUCAGUAACCAGUUCCAUUUCCGAGAGUCCAUUUGAAGAUGAGAAUGGUGAUAACAACACUGAAGUUGAGUUUGAAGAGGAAUGUCCUAUACUGUACAAGAUUAAUGAUUCACCACCAAUAUAUUUGACACUUUUCUUCGCGUUUCAGCAAAGUCUUAUCUCUAUUGUUGGGUCCAUCGUUCUCCCACUUUUGGUUGCGGAAGCCGCAUGUGCACUUGAAGACGGGGUGUUUAUAAGAAAACUCGUUAGUUCAACAUUCAUGCUGUCUGGUGUAACAACAUUCCUACAGGUCAUGUUUGGAAUCCGGCUACCUGUAUAUCAAGGACCAUCUGGUUCAUAUGCUGUACCAAUUAUAGCUUUAAAUAAGAUGGACGCGAGCAGGUGUGACGUAAAUGCAAUGUUUCCAGGAGUUCUGAAUUCAACAUCAAACAAUAUCACCGAAGCGGAUCUCCAAGAACAAUUAAUUGAUAUACGUGUCAGAGAGAUGAUGGGACCACUCAUCCUUGCAGGAUUUCUACAUUUUCUGAUUGGUGCUACGGGGCUUGUUGGCUUGUUACUUCGCUUUGUAGGCCCGAUAACAAUUGUGCCGACUAUUCUCCUCAUAGGUUUAUAUAUCGUAAAACCGGCGAUGGAGUAUACACAGGUCCAUUGGGGAAUUUCUUUUAUGACUUGGGGGAUAGGCGUGGUUCUUUCAAUGUAUCUAGGGCACAAACCAAUGAUUAUCCCGGCUUGGACUAGAAAGAAAGGAUUUCAUACUAUACGAUAUCCCCUUCAUCAAGUAUUUGCUAUUCUGAUUUCAAUAAUAAUUGGAUGGGCUGUAUGCGGCAUCAUGACGGCAGCUGGAGCAUUUCCAACCGAUAAAACUAACAUACAAUACAAAGCUCGAACAGACGCUCGUGCAGACAUAAUAACUAAUUCGGAAUGGUUCUAUCUUCCUCACCCAGGACAAUUUGGUAGUCCCCUGUUCAGCGUCAGUGCUAUAGUGGGGUUCCUCAUUGCUACACUCACUUCCAUUCUUGAUUCUAUUGGCGAUUAUUACGCCACUGCAGCUAUAUGUAGAGUUCCACCACCACCAAGCCACGCUGUUAACAGGGGAAUAGCAGUGGAAGGUUUUUGUAGCAUGAUUUCUGGACUGUUUGGUGUAGGUCAUGCCACUACAACAUAUGGUGGUAACAUUGGCGCUAUUGGAAUGACAAAGGUAGCCAGCCGCCAUGUGUUUAUUGCAAUGUCUGUGAUUUAUGUUGUGUUGGGAAUCCUUGCCAAAGUAUCAGCGGUGUUUAUCAGUAUACCAUACCCCGUUCUUGGAGGAGUUAUUAUCACUAUAAUUGGUGUGUUUGUUGGCGUGAACCUAUCCAACCUACAAGUUAUAGAUCUUUCAUCUACCAGGAAUUUGUCUAUUAUUGGUACAGCCGUGUUUGUGGUUCUACUGGUUCUCGACCUGGAUGCCGAGAAAAAUCUCAGUCCUGCAAUUGAUACAUUUUCUUUCGUUGUGUCAAAUGGCGACUUUCCAGCUUUACUAGUUGAGGAAUUAGGACACUAUUCUUUGGUUGUGUCAAAUGGCGACUUUCCAGCUUUACAAGUUGAGGAAUUAGGACACUAUUCUUUGGUUGUGUCAAAUGGCGACUUUCCAGCUUUACUAGUUGAGGAAUUAGGACACUAUUCUUUGGUUGGGUCAUAUGACGACUGUCCACCUUUACUAGUGGAGGAAAACCUAAAAUGCCCCUCCGUGCAUUAUUAA